AUGUCUUCAAUACCAGACCACAAUAAUAAUAAUAAUAAUAAUAAUAAAAACAAUAAUGAAAUUUUAAAUUUUAAACAAUUAUUUAAAAAAAUUGAAGAAUUUAAACAAUUAGGAAAUCAAGAAUUUUCAAAAUAUGAUAAAACCAAUGAUAAUUUAAAUAAAAGAGCAGUUACAUAUUAUUCAUUAGGAAUUGAAUGUUUUAAUGAUAAUUUUGAAAAAUUAAAAAAUAAUAAUAAUAAUAAUAAAGAUGAUGAAAUAGAAUUAAAAAAAUUAGUAUCAAUAAUUUAUUCAAAUUUAUCAUUAUGUUUUAUAAAUGGUUAUGAAAUUGAUAAAGCGUUAGAAUUUGCAAAUAAAGGUACUGAAAUUGAUAAAGAUAAUUCAAAAUGUCAUUAUAGGAAAUCAUUAUGUUAUCAAUAUAUGUGUAAUUUUAAAGAAUCAUUUAAAUCAAUUAAUGAUGCAUUAAAUUCAAUUAAUAAUAAUAAUAAUAAUGGUAAAGUUAUAAUUGAUAAAUCUUUAAAACAAAUAAUUGAAAAUGAAAGAAAAGAAAUUGAAAAAAAAUUAAAAAAAUUAGAAAAAGAGGAAAAAGAAAGUCAAGAUAGAAUUAAAGAAGAUUUUGAACAAUUUCAACAAUUUCCAAUUGAAUUAGUAUGGAGAGAUGGAUUUGGUAGAUGUGUAUUGGCAUCAGAAGAUUUACCAAAGGGUACUAUGGUAUUAAGAGUGUCACCAUUCGCAUCAGUAUUGGAAGAUCAUAAAAUUGAAAAGAAUUGUGGUUUUUGUUUUAAGAAAAUUAAUAAAUCAAUUAGAAUCAAUCAAACAUGUAAAAAUUGUAAAAAUCAUUUACUUUGUCCUCAAUGUUCAGUUGAUGAAUAUUCUCUUAAUUAUCAUAAAGAUGAAUGUGAUAUUCUAAACUUUUUAAAACAAUAUUAUCCAUCUUCACAAACUCGUGAUUUUAGAUUCAUGUUUAGAGUUUUAUUAAAUGUUAUAAAAGAUAAGAAAAACAAAUCAUUUUCAAAGGAAAAUCAAUCAAAACAAUGGUUAAAUCAUCAAAAUCCAUUUAUAUUUGAUAGUUAUAAAUAUUUAAUUAACUUAUCUAGAACAUUAGAUAAAGUACAACCUGAGCAAAUGGAAGCAUUUAAAAGAUCGGCACAAAGUGUGAUUGCAAUAUUCAAUAAAUUACGUGGUCCGAAAUUCUUUGAUGAAUGUGGUGUAACUAUUGAUGAAAUCAUUGAAAUCUAUUCAAUUGUAUUAUCAAAUGGUCAUGAGAUGCUACACCCGUUGAAUUGCCAUACCUAUGGUUUGGGUAUAUUCCCCACUGGUAGCUACCUAAACCAUUCAUGUCUGCCCAAUGCGUUUUGGUAUAAUGACGAUCAAGGUAUGAUGGUAUUCCGUACACUAAGACCCAUUAAAAAAGGUGAAGAAAUAUUAACCUCAUACACUGACAUCACUACAGAAUGCUCCGAACGUAGAAAACAUCUAUUAAAACAGUAUUUCUUCUUUUGCCAAUGUCAGCAAUGUAAAUUUCAAUCAAAAUUAACCGAUCAGUCAUGUUUAUCUUGUAAAAAUCAAUUAUCAUCCUCAAAUACCUCUUUUAAAAUACCAAGUAAUGAUAGUAUAGAAUCCGGAUUUUAUUAUCACUGUUUAAAAUGUAAUAGUGAUAAUAAACAAAUCAAUUGCCCAGACGACUCUUCAAGUGUAUUCACUUCUCAACAUGAUCAAAGAACUUUUAAGAAAAUUAAUUUAUUAAUUAACAUUAUGCAACAACGUCAUCAAUCAAUCGCUACCAAUCUACUCAAUACAAAUAACGAAUAUCUAAUGAAAGGUAUGCCUGAUCAUAUAGUUUAUAAAGAGAUCACCAAUGCUUUAGAACAAUCAAUGAUUUCAAAUCCAUCAAAAGUAUCUGCUGAUCAAGUAUUUACAAACUCUUUAAUUCAAUAUUAUUUUCGUUUAUUCCAAACUUUAAAAAUAGAAAAACCAAAUGAUACACAACAAUUACAAUCUGUUAAAACUAAAAUUUUACAAUUAUUAACUCCAAUCAUUCAUUUACCAACUUCUCAUCAUAAAUCUUCCAUUGAAAAAAAGUUAAAAUUUUAA